AAAUAUAGGCACCUGAGAGUAUUUCAAGAACCUUUCUGUUUGGUACGGAAUGAUGACAAUGUAUUGUCAAUAGUUGAAAGCGUUAUGGAAGAAAUAUCGACCAUCGAGGACACUGUUAAUAUCAUUACAAUAGCAGGGCCAUACAGGACUGGGAAAUCCUACCUAAUGAAUAGGUUGGCUGGCGUUAAACGAGGAUUUCCUCUUGGAAAUACAACUGCCGCAACGACAAAAGGUUUGUGGGUAUGGUGUUUGGAACAUCCAGAACGAAAAGAUGAGGUUCUGAUGCUUAUUGACACCGAAGGAAUUGGCGAUGUUAAAAAGGGCGAUGAAGGUAAUGACAAUAACAUCCUUUGUCUAGCUACACUUAUAAGCGGAACAUUUGUGUACAACUGCAGCGGAGUUAUUAAUCACGAUCUUUUGAAAAAGCUUUCGUAUCCUUUUGCAUUUGAUCAUACAGCUGCAUUUGACUGACAGAUAUGUUUUUAUUUUAAAGACAUAAUGCCCACCCAAUCGUUAAAGUGAGUGUGCCGAUUAAGUAAACAUAACUUUACAUAUUGCCAUAAAUGAUAAUGAUUUUGUAUUAUACUUCAUAAAUGUAAACAUUACACUGAUAUUUCUAUCAUUUCAAAUUUAUAAUUCUACGUUCAAAGGAAAAAGAGUAGUAUUCAAACAAGAGGGCCCAGAGGGCCCUUGAUCGCUUACCUGAGAAAUAGGUCAAAAGGUCACAGUGGAGCCCCUUUCACCUUAGCAGCACAAUUUGAAAACCAGGGACAGCUGAAUCUAAACAAUAUUGGUACACUGUAAAAUUAUUUCAAAAUUAAACCAGUGGUUUAGAUGUUGUUUAAAUGUUUUUUUUUCUAAGUUUAGAGAACAACUUGACGACCUAACAUUGCAAAUAUCAAAGCACUGGGUCUUGCUAUUUCGUGAGAAGAGGAAUUUUUAAGAGUUUCAUAAAUUACUCUAUAACAACUUAUCAGGCCCCGUGUGGGCCACUUUUGAUCCUAGGUGAAUAAUUUAAACAAUCUUUACAAAGGACCACUAGAUGAUGUUAUUUACCACAUCUCAAAGCUCUAAGCCUAUGUAACUCAAAGUAAAAUUGACGACUCCCUGGAGGGGCUGCAUUUGACCCUAGGGACAUUAUUAGAACAAUCUUUGUAGAGGACCACUAGAUGAAUCUAUUUACCACAUAUAAAGACUGUACGUCUUGUACAUUUUGACUAGAAUAUUUAAGAUUCUCCUUAAAAACUCUAUAUGAAACCGAUAAGCUCCCCUGGCGGGGAUCCCUUUGACUCUAGGGACAUCAUUUGAACAAUCUCUGUAGAGGACCACUAGAUCAUGUUACAUACUAAUUAUCAAGACUCUGUGCCUUGUGGUUUUUCACAAGAAGAUUUUUAAUAUAUUUUUUUAAAUCGAUAAGCCCCAUGGCUUUUAAACAAUCUUUGUAGAGUACCACUAGAUCAUGUUAAAUACCAAUUAUCAAGGCUCCACACCUCCCGGUUUUGACAAGAGGAUUUUUAAGGUUUCCCUAUAACUCUUUAUAUAAAACUGAGGACCCUUAUAGCAGGACCUCUUUCAGCCCUAGGGCCAUAAGUUGAACAAUCUUUGUAAAGGACCACUAGAGGAUGUUACAUACCAUUUAUCAAGACAGUAGGCCUUGUACAUUUUGACACGAAAAUUUUUCCGAUUUUCCUUAAAAACUCUAUAUAAAACCAAUAAGCCCACUGGCGGGGCCGCCUUUUGACUCUACGGACAUUUUUUGGACAAUCUUUUUAGAGGACCACUAGAUCAUGUUACAUGCUAAAAAUCAAGGCUCUAUGGCUUUUAGAGUUUAACAAGAAGAUUUUUUAAAGAUUUUUUUUAUAAAAACCUUUUUGCACCCUGGCUGGCCCCUUUUCAUCCUAGGAUCAUUAUGUGGAAAAAGUUUGUAGAGGACUACUAGAUCAUGUUACAUACGAAAUAUCAAGGCUCUACGCCUUGUUGAUUUUGAUAAGAGGAUUUUUAAGAUUUCUAUAUAUUACCUUAUAUAAAACUGAGGAGCCCCACAGCAGGGUCUCUUUUGAUUAUAGGGUCAUAAUUUGAACAAUCUUUAUAGAGAACCACUAGAUGAUAUAACAUACCAUAUAUCAAAGUUGUAGCCCUUGUGGUUUUUGACAAGAAGAUUGUCCUCAUAUAUAACUUUUUAUAAAACUGGUGAGCCCCCUGGCAGAGGCCCCUUUUGAUCCUAGGGAUAUAAUUUGAACAUUCUUUGUAUGACAUACCAAAUAUCAAGGCUCUACGCCAUGUGGAUUUUGACAAAAUUGUCAUAUAUAACUUGAUAUAUAACUGAGUAGCCCUUUGGAUGAUGUUACAUAUUAAAUAUCAAUGCUGUAGGCCUUGUGUUUUUUGACAGUAAGAUUUUUAUUGUUUUCAAUCGAUAAGCUCCCUAGCGGGGCCUCUUUUCAUUCUAGGGGCAUAAUUUGAACAAUCCUUGAAGAGGACCACUAGAUCAUGUUACAUACCAAAUAUCAAGGCUAUGCCUUGUGGUUUUUGACAAGAUGAUUUUCUCUAUAUAAUUUUAUAUAAAACAGAUAAGACCCCUGGCAGGGCCCCUUUUGAUCCUAUGGGUAUAAUUUGAACAAUCUUUGUAGAAGACCACUAGAUCAUGUUAUAUACCGAAUAUCAAACCUGUAGGCCUUUGUGGUUUUUUGACAAGAAGAUUUUUAAAGACCUUUGUUUUUAAAUCGAGUCACCCCCCAUGGCGGGACCCUUUUGACCCUAGGGGCAUAAUUUGGAAAUCUUUGUAGAGGACCACUAGAUCAUGUUACAUACCAAAUAUCAAGGCUCUACACAUUCAGGUUGUUGACAAGAAAAUAUUUAAGAUUUUGUUAAAAAAAACCUCUCUUGGUUGCCAUCGCAACCAGAGUUCUUCAAGGAAUUAAAUUCUUAGAGCUUCAUGCAAGGAACAUGACUGCAAAGUUUUAUUGAAUAUAGCCAAGCGGUAUUGGAAGAGAAGUCAUUUGAAUGAAAAAGUUAACGCACGGAUGUACUAACGACGGACGACGGACAACAGACAACACGGUGUCACAAAAGCUCACCUUGUCACUUAGUGACAGGUGAGCUAAAAAAGGGUAAUGUUUCUUAUAUUUUAGACAGUUUUUAUGUUGUAUCCUAAAUAAUUUUCAUUUUCAUCAAUCACCGGUCAUAUUCAUCAAAUACUGAAAAAAUAAGCAUAAAGUACGGUGUUCCGUUUGGACGCGUUUGGACAAUCGUGACAUUUUA